AUGAAUGCGCCUGUAAUUUCUCUGCUGUUGUCGCUGGUGACCGCGGCACUGUCCCUGCGCGUGGGGGAUGUUGGCGACUUCUACGGUUGCCCAGCUGAGGUCUACAUCGUCCUGGACACGUCUGAGAGCGUGGCCCUGAGGGCGAAACCCUACGGCUCCUUUGUGGACAAGAUCAAGCAGUUCGCACUCGACUUUGUGGAUCAGCUGAACGACAGGUACUACCGGUGUGACCGCAACCUGACCUGGAGCGUGGGCGUGCUGCACUACAGCGACGAGGUGAAGAUCAUGAGCCAGCUGGUGCGGGUGCACGAGGCCGGCGGCAAGGCCAAGCUACGGAAAGCCAUCCAGGACAUACGCUACAUCGGCAAGGGCACGCACACCGACUGCGCCAUCUCCGUGGCAACCGGACAGCUCAUGACCGGCUCCCCCGUCAAUGGGAACAAGUACAUGGUGGUGGUGACAGACGGCCAUCCGUUCGACGGGUACAAGGAGCCGUGUGGAGGCAUCAGCUACGCCGUCUCGGAGGCACGCGGCAUGGACAUCAAGAUCUUUGGGGUGGCCAUCACCCCCGACCACCUGGACGAUCGCCUUAGUGCCAUAGGCACGGAUGUCAGGUAUCGUUAUAACCUGUCGGCCACCAGUAACAACCCUGAGGUGGUGAGGAACACCAUCCAUACCAUCACCUCCACCAUCUACAAGGACUCCGAAUUGCUGUGCUGUUCAUAUGAAUGCAAGGCCGCAAGAGGAGCCUCUGGAUCACCGGGAGACGUAGGAGAAGCGGGAACUCCAGGGAGGCAGGGGGUGGCUGGACGGCCCGGCAGCCUUGGACUGAAGGGUGCAGCUGGUGACCAGGGUCCACCAGGACACAGAGGAGAGAAGGGUGACCGAGGUCCAACCGGGGAUGCAGGUCCAAGAGGACCAUCUGGACAAAAGGGCGAGAAAGGACAGAACGGCGUGGAUGGAAAAGACGGGCUCAUGGGAGAUGCUGGACUCUUUGGCCUGCCAGGCUGUAAGGGAGAUGACGGCUCAGAGGGGGAGCCAGGUCCUCCUGGGCUGAGAGGAGACGCCGGCUCGUUUGGAAGUCUGGGGGAAAAGGGGGAAAGUGGACCUGCUGGAUCUCCAGGUUUGUCUGGGGUACCUGGACACACAGGACCAAAGGGGGCCUCAGGCCUGGCGGGCUCCAGGGGCAGCAAGGGAGACCGGGGCGAUGAUGGUGAUUUUGGUCCUUCAGGCUUUCCUGGACUGCAGGGUGGAGAUGGAGAGAAGGGCUCACGGGGACCUCCGGGGAUCAGAGGAGGACCUGGAGAGAAGGGUGACUUCGGCCUUCCUGGCGCUCAGGGACACGAGGGCCUCUCGGGGGAAAUAGGAGCAGUGGGUAUAAACGGUGCUACAGGUCUAAAAGGUUACAAGGGGGAGCCAGGGCCCGGAGGACCUGAGGGCGUCAGGGGCUCGGGAGGUUUGCCAGGCCCCCCCGGCGAGCGCGGCCCGAUGGGGAGGAGGGGAGAAGACGGCAUCGCUGGAGAAGGAACACCCGGUUACGCAGGAUUCCAGGGAUUUCCUGGCCUGAGAGGAGAAGCUGGACCCAAGGGUGUCAGAGGAUUUCCAGGCGUGAAGGGGGAUGCUGGUCUACCAGGAGAUCGGGGAGAAGAUAACGACCUGCCGGGACGAGAGGGGCCUAAGGGGCCUAAGGGGUACCCUGGCCUGCCUGGAGAACAGGGGACUCCAGGAGCCGUGGGCCCCAUGGGAGCGGAUGAAUGUGAGAUCCUUGAGGUCAUUCAAAAACUCUGCUCGUGCUGUGAGUGUGAGUGCGGGCCUGUUAAGCUGCUCUUCGUCUUGGACAGCUCUGAGAGCAUCGGGCUGCAGAACUUCACCCUGGAGAAGGAGUUCAUCAUCCGCGUCAUCAACAAGAUCACCAAGUUCAGCAAGAACAAGAAUGAGCCGGGCUCUGGUGUGGGAGUGGUGCAGUACAGCCACGAGGGCACUCAGGAACUGGUAUCCAUGGACGACCCCAGGAUCACCUCACUGUCCCAACUGAAGAGUGCUGUGAAGAACAUGCGCUGGAUAGCUGGGGGGACCUACACAGGUGAGGCCCUGGACUUUGCCAGCAAGGCGUUCCGCACCUCCCAACUUGACCACAAGGUGGUGAUAGUGCUGACAGACGGCAGGUCCGACACGCGAGACACCAAACCUCUCUCCUCCCUCUGCACAGUGCCAAACAUCAGGGUGCUGGGUAUCGGGAUCGGGGACGUGUUUCGCCGGGGUCCGUACCACGCCAUGCUGGAGCGCAUCACCUGCCUGGGCUCCCCGACCCCUGGAGCCUACCUCAAGAUCCCCGACCACGCCCAGCUGCUGGACGACUCGCUCUUCGAGAACGUCACCCGAUACAUCUGCCAAGACAAAAAGUGUCCAGACUACUCCUGCAGGGCUGACUUCAGGGAGGCGACGGACAUCGUCUUCAUGCUGGACGGCUCGUCCAGCGUGGGCCAGAGGAACUUCGAGCUGUCCCGAGCGUUCGUGUCCGCCAUGGCGGCUCGGCUGCUGUCCUCGGACCACUCUGGGCAGCUGCUGCGCGUGGCGGUGUUGCAGUACAGCGGUAGCCAGCAGCAUAGCGUUGAGGUCCCGUUUACCGGCAGCGCGGCCGACGUGCUAACCGGGCUGCAGGCCACGCGCUACAUGGACAGCGCCACCGACCUGCCCGCCGCCCUGGGCUUCCUGACGAGCGCCUCGGCCCAGCGAGGCGGCCGGCCCGGCGUGCCCAAGAAGGUGGUGGUCUUCACCGACGGCAGAUCCGUGUCCAGUGCCCGGGCCGACAUCCCGCGGGCCGCGGCCAACGUCCUGGGCCAGAACACGCAGCUGUUUGCCCUGACGGUGGGCGAGAUCGUGGACGAGACGGGGCUGUGCCAGCUGGUGACGGGCAAGGCCAGCGGGUACAGCUACCAGGCCGUGGACCAGCGGGUGCAGCGGGUCGGCCACUACUCCGACCUGGCACGGCGCGUGGUCAUGCAGAGCCUGGCCAAGAGGCUGGCUAAGGCAUGAGAAGGCCUGGCAU